CAGCGCCAAAACAGGUCAACUUUACCUGUUGCAAAGAGUGAAAACUUUAAUUCUUUUAUUGAAUCUCUUAACUCUUCGUCUGAAAAUGUGAGCUCUGAGUCGUGCUUAAAAGAUCGUGAUUCAGAUGUCAAAUCCAAUCCCAACGUCUGUCCUCGACAGGUCCUUUUGUGUAGGCUCAGUACAUUUUCUACACAACUUUACCUGUCUUAUUUUACUUUACCUGUUUUGGCGCUGGUAGCCUGCGAAAACGCCAUCUCUUCGAUCAGCAAUACUCUAGCUGUCGUCUACCAUUUUUUAAAAGACUCUUGCUACUUCGCCUUCAAAUGUGGCUUCUUGCUUUGGUCGUGACUGCUGCGCUUUCCUUGGUAUCAUCUAUCCGCACUCCUCCAAAUGUGAUUGUUGUCGGUGGUUCCUCGGGAAUGGGGAAAGCAGCAGCUCUUGCCACCAUUGAGCAUGGCGGGAAGUGCAUGCUGGUGAGUCGAUCCAAAGACAAGCUGUCCACAGCCAAGUCCUAUUUACUUUCACAGGUCCCAUCAGCCAUUAUCGACACCGCUGUAGUCGAUGCUACGAAUGAGGAGGAAGUGCAGGAAUUUGCAGAAACACUGGAAUUGGGUGCAUGGGACGGUCUCGUGAUAUCAGCGGCAGGAAGAGCACCUCAUGGGCCAUUCACCGAACUACCAACCUCGGAUGCCCGAGGAAUGAUGGAAUCCAAGUUUUGGACCGCCUAUCAUUGUGCCAAGUACAUCUCGGUCAAGCUAAAUGACGGAGGUUGUGUGGUGUUCGUUGCAGGCAUUUUAAAUCGAAGACCAGGCAUAAACUGUUCCCCCCUGGCCAUUUCGAACGGAGCCUUGGAGGGUCUGACUAAAUCAUUGGCAUUGGAGUUUGGGCCACGGUUACGAUGCAACUGUCUUAGCCCUGGAUUCUGUGACACAGAGAGGUUUGACCACAUGACUCCAGAUCGAAAGGCGAAGAUGAUUGCCAACACUGCCCUCUCCCUGCCUUUGCAGAAGAUCGGCGAACCCAGAGACAUGGGAGGCGCUCUGUACUACUUGUUGACAGCUCAGUUCUGCACUGGAGUUAUCUUGGACGUAGACGGCGGGCAUGGGAUACGACAAUAUGCGUCCGUUGCGGGGGAUCCAAUGCGUGCAAAAGAACAAACACGACAAUAACCAGCUAGCUAUGUGGCAACGGAACCAAGCUUCGUACUUCCAAAAUCCACAAUUGCCACUUACUUGUAGAAACCUUUACUACGGAUUCGGGAACAAUUGAUCCUUUCCCCUCUGGGAACCAAAUUUGCCACCCC